AUCUGCCCGAGAUUCCGAGAUAUUCCCGGAUAAAAGGAGAAGGGAACAAGUCGACUAGUUACCCUUCACCAUUUAAUUACAGAGAUAUUCAUUCAAAAGGUCUCCAGUUGCUCUUGAACUCUGGAAAAUCCCAGAAAGUCGAUGAAAAGAUAACCACAACCUUAACAAUUAUAAUAACAAUGAUAAUUAUUUAGCGUAAAAAAUGCGCUCCGAGGUGACGAAUGAAGACAGCCUGACAGAAGAAUGGAGCUCCAAGGAAGGUAAUUCGAGUAAAACUCCUCGGAGAACAGCCCGUCGCAUCGAGAGACACAACCUGAGAUGUUCAAAAUCAUCUCGUGUGAGUACACCAAGGGAGAAAACCCUCAGGAGACUGGAGAGUAACGAGCGAGAGAGAAUGAGAAUGCACAGUCUGAAUAACGCUUUCCAGAGCCUCCGAGAGGUCAUUCCCCACGUGAGCAAAGAGAGACGUCUAUCCAAGAUCGAAACCCUGACACUAGCCAAGAAUUACAUCGUCGCAUUGACAGAUGUCAUCUGCGCUAUGAGGAGUGAUGACCAGGAGGGACAGACGUCAGACAUCAACAGGGAAGCAUCGGAUUUAAAUAAUUGCCUCAAUAUAAAUACUCCGAAUUCGUCGAGGUCGUCGACACCAGAGAUUCAUAGCUCAGAGGAAAAUCACAAUUCCACGUGGAGCGACAGCUCCAGAAGAUCUGAUCGUCUCUGAAGUAACACUCGGUUGAUCAUGAGGGGGUGAUCUCCAGGGGAUCAUCUCUAAGAUCAUCUCUAAGAUCAUUUCCAAGAUCAUCUCCAAGAUCAUCUCCAAGAUCAUCUCCAAGAUCAUCUCCAGGGGUUGAUGAUGCUGGAUAAAUUCACGAAAGUUCAUUCAACGAAGAAUUUUCUCGGUUCAGUAUCUUCUUUCAGUUCUGCUAAAAAAUAAACUCGAGGGAAUUGAUUAGAAUUUUUUAGGGUAAAUCAAGUCGGUUAUAUUUCUUCGGGGGUGGGGUAAUGGUCAUUAUGGGGGUGGAUUCAAUCUGGAUAUUUGACUCGAGGGGAUUUGCCUUGGGAAUGUAUUUUCUUCAGCUGUUCUCACUGUCUGCUAAGCGAUGAUAAAUUGCAGGAUUUAUGGCCAAUAUGGGUGUUUACGAUGUGCCAAAUGAGAGAAUGUUUGUGCCAGUAUUAUCAGAAUAAGGGAUUCUACUUGGGGAGAUGAUAUUUUGUAUGACGAGUGAUUUGUGAUGUCGAUACCGGUAUUGUGCAUUUAAUACGCAUGCUUUAAUGGAACAAUGGGUUCUUGAAUUAUUUUUAUUUUCCCAGGGAAUUAUCGUUUCAGUAAUUUUUUGCAUUUAUUUCCAGAAAUUAAUCGAUCGAUGGAUCUAUUUUAGGAGAUGACAAUUUAUUUUAAUGGUUUAUUGAUGAUUAUUGAUGGUUACUCAUUAAUUGGAUUGUGAAUCAGAGAAUUCCUGGGGAAAAUAAAUUUAAUAAUCAAUUAACCAGGAAAAUUCCUGUGUAACGAGAAAAACUGAUCUAGUCUGCUACUGCUUUUCCAUUCUUAAAUUGUAGUUUACAAUCACUUGGCGAUAAUUAUCCGAUAACUUCAAACAGCGGAGAUCAAUUAAUCCAUUGGGUAACUAGUGUCGACGAUGGAUUAAUCCAUUAAAAGAAAUAAUAUUUAUUGAUAUAAAUAUCUAUAUACAGAAAUAUAUA